AUUAUUCUUAUAACAUUCUCCAUUCAUGAGAUGAAAUACAAAGGUACAUCUUGACGAUUUUGUGUAUUUUAUAAAACUUUGUUGUGAUACACGAUGAAAAAUUCGAAAAAGGAAGCCUAGGUAAAUAGUUAUCACCUGAGUUAAUGUCAGUUACCGACUUAAAAAAAACAAAAAAAUCUGAAAAACGUGUGAAGUCUUCUUAGUCAACUGGAAUAUCUUUAUUUAAUCCCACAAAAACACAACAUGUUUCUGUUUUGUUUAUUUUAACAGAUACCGUUAAUAACCCCUAAAGCAAUCUCCAUCAUCUUCUUGCAGCUUCAGCUAUCUUGUUAGUGGAAAGCUCUUGGUCAAUUAAGCUGUUACUUUAGAGGCGUCUUUCCUAUAGAUUUGUGGUGGGAGGAGCCUCUUUAAGUGAAAAUGCCAGUGAAUCCUUCUCAGAAUGGCAAUAAUGCCACUUGUAAAGAUUUUACUGCUGACGUUCAUCUGGGUACGCGAGGCUGGUACUUCACCAAAGAUGAAAUAGACAACCGUUCACCGUCUAGGAAGGACGGGGUUGACAGGGCUAGGGAAUCUUCGCUGCGGAAAUUAUACUGUUCAUUUAUUAAAGAUCUUGGCAUGAAGCUUUGAGUGAGCCCAGUCACUACGGCAACUGCAACAAUGUUCUGUCAUCGAUUUUAUAUGCGCCAAUCUCAUGCUAAGAAUGAUUGGCAGACAGUUGCAACUGCUUGCAUGUUUCUUGCUUCCAAAGUGGAGGACAACCUACGUCCGUUGAGGGAUGUUGUCUUGGUGGCGUAUGAAUUAGUCUAUAAAUGGGAUCCUUCCGCUUCUGAGAGAAUCAAACGACGGGAAGUUUAUUAUAAGCAGAAGGAGCUAAUUCUAGUUGCUGAGAAUCUUUUGCUAGUGACAAUCGACUUUGAUAUGGCAAUUCAACACCCAUUUAGCCCACUUGUUGGUGCUUUAAAGAGGCUAAAGAUCUCAAACAAUGAAGUUGCAAAAGCAGCUUGGAAUCUUGUGAAUGAAUGGCUUAGAACGACGUUAUGCUUGCAGUAUAAACCACACUACAUUGCUGCUGGAUCCUUGUCAGUUGCAGCCAAGCUUAUUAAUUUCAAACUGCCAAUGGUUGAUGGAAAGGCUUGGUGGCUGCAGUUUGAUGUGUCACCUAAGCAACUAGAAGAAGUUACGCAGCAAAUGCUUCGGUAUUUUAAGCACGAUGAAAAACAAAAAGUACCAAAAGUGCCUACUGAUGUGAUCAAGCCAUCUACUCUGAAAGCUGAAAACUCCACAAGUCAGAGUGCACAAAGCAGAUUAACGGUUGAGUCAGGUCUUGAGGAGAAAGCUGCUCCAGUGGCUCGAGAGCAGAAACCUCAAACAUACAAGUAUGGGUUGAAGGGUAUAGUUGAAAGCAACCAUCUUCCAGUGAAGGUAGCAUCAGAGCAUCAGUCAAGUGACUGUAGUGGAGUUAGUAGUGUCAUUGACUGUGAGACUGUUGAUACAAGCUCCAAAACUGCUCGUGGGGAUGAUGCACUUGGAAACAUUGAUUUGGACCGCCUCAAAGGGGCAUUUGAACGAACCCGGCGUGUAAAAUGUGCUAAAUAUAAGGCUGUGGCAGUAACAGAAAGCGACCUGGAUGGCGAUCUCUUAAUUGAGAGUGAACUGGAGAAAGGAGUAGAACUUGAGUAUGUGGCCGCUUCCAAGAGACAGAAGGUGCUUCAAGAGUGAAGUAGAAGUUGAUUUUUGUCUGAGGGGGAAUUUGAAUUGUCCAGCUCUCAGCCUCUCAUUUUACAGGUAUCAAUUCAUUAAAAUUUUAAGGCUUCAUUUGGGUGGUUUUAGUACCCUUGUCCAGAAACAGCAAAUUGGCAAAGCUUUGUAAACUCGUUUUGUUCAGUUACGAGUAUUGCAGGAAUUCUGGGAAACCUUGAUUGUAGAACUGAUGUAUACUAACAAAUAUGGAUGUAAAUAUUUAUCCAUGGGUUAUGCGCUUAUGCCUGCUUUCAAGUCUGGCAUUAAAUUUUGAUCAUUUGUAAUCAUAAAUAGUGCAAAACUUUCUAUAUAUGAGUUAGAGCAUUUUCCAUCAUAAAAUAUUUUGUUUGGGAUAUCAUACAACUGUCUUGGUUUU